AUCUACCGGACCAACCACCUUCUCUAAGAUUCUGGAACCGUAAGGGCCAAUCACACUCCAAAAGUCGUUUAAGCAGCUCGAAGAAGCGAAAUAGCCACGAUUUGAUUCGCCAAUCACGAGGGCCUUCACACCCAAUCGGACUGCCGAAAGGGUUCUUGAUGUGUUCUAAUUCUCCGGUCAGAGAGAUUCGGAUCGAGUUCCUUGAUCUCGGUUCGUAAUCUGAAGAUGGCGUGGUUUGGUGGGAGAGUUUCCUUGGGGAACUUCCCGGAUCUCGCCGGAGCGGUGAAUAAGCUCCAGGAGAGCGUGAAGAACAUCGAGAAGAAUUUUGACACAGCUCUCGGUUUAGAAGAGAAGUCGGAGAAUUCUGAAUCCAGCAAUGAAGCAUCAGGUUUAUGGGCUUCCACUGCCGACAGGAAAGCACUGUUUGAUCCUGUCAUGGCCCUUAUGGGGCAUAAAAGUGAGGAAAGUACUGGUGAGUCAUCAGAAAUAUCGGAAUCUUCCCAGUAUCCACCUGCAGUUGAGAAAUCUUCUGAAAAACCUGGCUCUGCGCAGCAUAAAUCUAAUGUAGAGGAAAAGGAGGUGACUGAAGUCAAAAGUGACAGAUCUCUCCAUUCUGGAGCUGAACAAGCAGAAGAAGAAAAUGAAAUCCAUGAGGUAGACAAAGAUGCUAAGCACUCAGACACUGCAGAGGAGACAAAUAAUGUAACUUCAAAUUCAGAACUAGCUGAAAUCCACGAGGUAGCCAAAGACACUGAACGAUCGGACAUGGCAGAGGAGACAAAUAAUGCGACUUCAAAUUCUGAACUAGCCAAAUCUGCAUCAACAGCUGUGCCUAUUAUACAACCUGAACCCAACAGUCAGGAUGUUGAGACAUUGGAGUCUAUUGACAAUCAACAAGAGAGAGAGAGAUCAGAAGUGGCACCCUCCAAAAAUCCAGACUUGGUGCAAGCCAAGUCAGGUGCCAUUGAAGUAGAUCAAGUUGAGAAUAUUAUGAUUUUGCCACAUGAGUUGCAUACUUUCAUUGAUACAAAUGAGAGUCUGGAUGAACAAGUGAAAAAAGUAGAGAGUAUGGAUAAGCAGAACUUGCAAGAAGAAGAUAUUGCAGAGACAAUUGAAAAUGAGGCAUCAAGUGAUAGCCAUGCUGGAGGUGAAACUGAGCUCUCUGGUUUACAUUUUGUUCGGGCUGAGGAGACUAAUAGUGCUGGAAACACUUCUAACCAUCCAUUGACCCUUGCACUUGCUUCGGAUGAAGCUGCAACGACGGUGUCUCAAUCUCUUUCUCCUGAAAAUCAUGCAAUUGUUAAGGGAUUUGAAGUGGAUCAAAAAGCCAGAGAUGAUGAGGCUGACAUUAAAGAGCAACAGGUGAGCUCAGGAACAAAUCACUCCGGCUCUUCAGAUACUCUGUUUGAAUUGGAGAAGGUGAAGAGGGAGAUGAAGAUGAUGGAAAAUGCAUUGCAAGGUGCUGCUAGACAAGCUCAGGCAAAAGCUGAUGAGAUUGCUAAGAUGAUGAACGAAAAUGAACAACUAAAGGCUGUGAUUGAGGAUUUGAAGAGAAAAUCCAAUGAUGCAGAAGUUGAGUCUUUGCGAGAGGAAUACCAUCAGAGGGUAGCAACUCUGGAAAGGAAGGUUUAUGCUCUGACUAAGGAAAGGGAUACACUUAGAAGAGAGCAGAGUAAAAAAAGUGAUGCAGCUGCUCUUCUGAAAGAAAAAGAUGAAAUAAUUACUCAGGUUAUGGCUGAAGGUGAAGAGCUUUCGAAAAAGCAGGCUGCUCAAGAAUCUCAGAUUAGGAAAUUAAGGGCUCAGAUUAGAGAGCUUGAAGAAGAGAAGAAGGGGCUGAUUACUAAGUUUCAGGUAGAAGAAAAUAAAGUAGAGAGUAUCAAGAAGGACAAAAUGGCUACAGAGCAGUUGCUGCAGGAAACAGUAGAAAAACACCAAACAGAACUUGCAGCACUGAAAGAAUACUAUACAAAUGCUUUGAAUGCUGCGAAGGAGGCUGAGGCAUUAGCAGAGACUCGUGCCAACAAUGACGCAAGAAAUGAACUAGAGAGUCGUUUGAGAGAGGCCCAGGAACGUGAAGCUAUGCUAGUUCAGGCACUUGAAGAAUUAAGGCAAACUCUGAGUAGAAAGGAGCAGCAGGCAGUGUUUAGAGAAGACAUGCUUCGUAGGGACAUCGAAGAUCUUCAGAAACGUUAUCAAGCAAGUGAGCGUCGAUGUGAGGAGUUGAUUACACAAGUUCCAGAAUCUACAAGGCCUCUUUUAAGGCAGAUUGAAGCUAUGCAGGAAACAACAGCCAGAAGAGCAGAAGCCUGGGCUGCUGUUGAGAGGUCCCUUAAUUCUCGACUUCAGGAAGCAGAGGCCAAAGCUGCAGCUGCAGAGGAAAGAGAGCAAUCUGUGAAUGAGCGCUUAUCUCAAACCUUAUCUCGAAUUAAUGUUCUUGAGGCUCAGAUUUCAUGUCUUAGAACAGAACAGAUGCAGUUAAGUAGAUCCCUCGAAAAGGAGAGACAGAGAGCGGCUGAAAAUAGGCAAGAAUACCUUGCAGCCAAGGAGGAAGCUGACACCCAGGAAGGUCGUGCAAACCAGCUUGAAGAACAAAUUAAGGAACUAAGGCGGAAACACAAGCAAGAGUUACAAGAUGCACUGAUGCACAGGGAACUGCUACAGCAGGAGAUAGAAAAGGAGAAAACUGCUCGGUUGGAUUUGGAAAGGACAACUCAUGUGCAUUCUGCGGCUGCCGCAACAGAUCAAACUCCAAUAACAAAGCACAGUUCUGCUUUUGAGAAUGGAAACUUAAGCCGAAAGCUUUCAAGCGCUAGCAGCCUAGGCAGCAUGGAGGAAAGCUAUUUCCUGCAAGCAUCUUUGGACUCGUCUGACAGUUUCUCCAAGAGGAGAAAUGCUGGAGAGUUAACCAUGAAUCCAUAUUUUAUGAAGAGCAUGACGCCUAGUGCUUUUGAAGCCGCUCUACGUCAGAAGGAGGGUGAGCUUGCUUCAUACAUGUCUCGUUUGGCAUCGUUGGAAUCUAUACGUGAUUCUCUUGCUGAGGAGUUGGUCAAAAUGACAGGGCAGUGUGAGAAGUUACAGGUAGAGGCUUCCAUGUUGCCUGGCAUACAGGCAGAGCUAGAAUCAUUAAGGAGGCGACACUCUGCUGCGCUGGAGCUAAUGGGUGAACGUGAUGAGGAGCUGGAAGAACUUCGCGCAGAUAUUGUAGAUUUGAAGGAGAUGUACAGGGAGCAAGUAAACUUACUUGUGAAUAAGAUCCAGAUAAUGAGUUCAUCAAUGGUUACUGCCUGAUUGGUGGAGUUACCAUUGUGGUAUAGCUGCCGGUCAUGAUGUUUCAUGGGAUAGUGCCAAGUUAAUGGAACUAGUCUUCGGUUAACUUUUCCUCUAUACUCAAAUCUCCUUUAGCUUUCUCCAUCUUGUUCAAGUGUUUUUGCAGCAGAUAUACGAAGAGUAUGCAUGCCCUUUUUAAAUGUGGUGUGAAUUAUAAUUUUUGCGAAAUUGUUGUUUAGCCCGAAAUCUUAGUGCACAUUGUCAAGGUUCGAAGAUGAUUUUUUUUUUUUUUUUAUUCUCA